UAGCAUUGGAAGUGGCUGUGCUAUCUUUUUAUUUGGUUCUCUAAGGGCUAUAAUACCAGCAUUUCUAUACCCAUGAUGACUGAAUACUCAAUUAAUUAAGAUAUUCUACAGUUACGCAUUCAGUUAAGAGUUAGUAUCAUUUUACUCUCUAUAUAAAAUGAGACGGGGUUACAACGGAUGUAAAUCUCAAAAUAGAUAAAGUCCAUUUUUGCAAGUGCGGACUAUCAACAAUUCAAUUCACAGCCUCCUAACUCUAAAUACUGCGCCAAUUGGUAUAUAAAUAUUGGUAUAUAAAUAAAGGGUUGAAAUACUGAUUAGUGUGUUUUUCAAACUGAUCUGCUCUACAUAGUGAAGAUAAACCCUUCUAACAAUUACCAUGAACUCUUUAGCCAAAUCAACUGAUACAAACGAUACUUAUAGAUUUUAUGCUGAAGUUCCUAAAAGAGCUGUUUCAUAUAACUUCAUUAUUUGCUUCUUUUUAUAUGCUAUUAUUUUGAUUUGUCAAAUUGUUUUCAUUUCAACUUCAAAAUCAUUGAAAACAUUAGUUCCUAAACCAAAAUUGAAACGUUAUGUCAAUAUUAUGAUUCCAUUCAUCAUUGGAUGUUUCUUAGAAAGUAUUGGUUUUAUUGGAAGAUUACUCUCAGCUGAUAAUAUGACAAGUAUGGGUCUUUAUAUCUUACAAGCUUGUGCUAUUUUGAUUGCUCCCACUUUAUUUGCUGCUACAGCAUACAUGUAUUUUGGAGAAUUAAUUAAAACUUUAAAAAUUCAUAAAUUAUCAAUCAUUGAUCCAAAAUAUUUAACCAAAAUUUUUGUCGGUGGUGAUAUCGUAUCAUUUUUACUUCAAGGUAAUGGAGCUGGUUUGUUUGUUAGUUCCAAUAAAACCUUGGUAUUGGUAGGAAGAAUAAUGGUCAUUGCAGGUCUUGUGGUCAAUAUCCUCUUUUUUGGUUUAUUUUGUGUUACGCAAGUUAUUGUAUAUUAUAGAAUUUACCGUCUGACCAAUAAGGUAUGUAUGACAGGUAGUCAAUUUCCUUCUAGAAUCACGAAUUGGAAAACAUGUGGAGGUAUUCUUUCAUUUGUAUCAAUUAUGAUCAUGGUUAGAUCGGUAUAUAGAGUGGUUGAAUAUGUCCAAGGUAAUAAUGGAUCAAUUACAAGAAAUCAAGAAUUACUUUAUCUUUUAGAUUCUACUAUGAUGAGUUGUGCUGGAUCUGCAUUUAGUUUAUUUAAUGUGCCUUACUUUUUUAUGGUAUUUGAAAAUCGUUUUGGUGAAGUAACUGACGAUUUAGAUGAAAUUGUUCAAUUAUCAGAUAGCAAGGAUCAAGCUGCUAAUAUUCCUCUUGUAGACCAAGAGAUCGGAGCAUGAUUUUUGUUAUCAGUGAUUAUUCCUUGAAGAUAAAAAUUAUAUAGUUAGCUUCCAGCUAUGAACUUUAAAGUUUAAUAAAAGAUUUUAGCCUACAUACAAAUUAGAUAUCAAUUCCAUCUGAAAUUUUGAAACACUUAAUUAAUGUAAUACACCUGAACUAACUACAGACCAUCAAUGAAAUACCAUAUGCGCUAAACUUAAUAUUCCUUCAAAAUAUAAAUCCAUUCCAUAUUUUUUAGAUCGUACUUUCCUCUGUUAUCGUUAAACCUCAAACUGUCUACAACUGAAAUUUCAUCGGCUGAUUUAAUCCGCCUUAAUUUCAAAAUAUUUUCGCAACAUUUUGAUGUCAAAAAAAUAUAAAU